AUGCCUCGUGGUAGAAAAAGAACAUCUAAUAGGCAAAUGUGGGAUUCUAACAAUAUGCGUGCUGCUGUAGAUGAAAUUAUUGUUCUUGGAAAAACAUUUAGAGAAGCAUGUGAGAAGUUUAGUGUUCCAAAAAGUACUCUCGAAAGAAAAGUAAAGAAAAAAAGAAAUGAUCCAACAUGUGAUGUUGGAGUAAAAGAUUCAUUAGGACCAAGACUAACAGUUUUUAACACUACAGAAGAAAAUGAAUUGGUUUCUUAUCUGAAACUAAUGGAAGGUCGUUUAUUUGGUCUAAGUGUUGAAGAUUUAAAAAAACUUGCUUAUCAACUUGCAGAAAAAAAUAAUAUCACCCAUGAUUUUUCUCAUGUUAAAAAAAAGCAGGCUUUGAUUGGUACCAAGGAUUCAUGA